GUCUGUCGUAAUUCAACAUAUCCUCUAAUCUCAAUAUCACCAAAUAACCCCUGGCAAGAAAUACGAAAAUACUGUAAUCUUGAAGAUAAUUAUGAACCCCUAACAAUAAAUAGUAAUUCUAUUACCAGCAUUAAUGAAAUCCCUAUAACGAAUAGUGCAAGUGAAAUAAAUAAUGGGUCUGUAGACAUAGUCGAACAAAAACAUAAUCGAUUAUAUCAGAUUCUAAAUGAGGCACAGCGUAUUCUUAAUGAGUCGAAGGUUCUUCAUAAUCGGCAGAAGUUUCUUGACAACAUGGAAGAAAAGUUAAUUCCUCUUAACAAAUUAGUUGAAGAUAUUUUGCAUCAUGAGAAACGACGCACAUUACCACGAACGUGGAAAGAUA